UAAAUACACACUGGUAGGUGGCGCCGCAAACGCACGUGGUCAAGUUUGUUAUUGCGUAUUAUAAAAUGGACAUUUUUUACUUCUCAUUAUAAAUAUCACAAAGAACAAUUAUUAAUAUAUAAUAUGAGUUGAAUAUAAUUUUAUGAACGAUAUAAUAUCUGUAAAAUAUAUAUUUCAUAAGAAUUUAUAUGGUGUUUCUCUCUUUUUCAAAUAACUCUUGAAUCGUCAAAGUGAAAAUGGUAACGGAUUUGACUAUUUAUGUUAAUAUCGGCAACUCAGAGGAGGUAUACAAACCUAACCUUACGUGUGCUUGAAUCAACUGAGAUCAGGCAAAGGUAAAAAUAGGCGUUACUGGAAGAAAUGACGUUUUAGUUAAUAGUUAAAUAAAACUUCAGAGAAACAUCUCGAAAAAUGGAACACAGAGAAAAUACUCAAGGUAAUACAAUUCCAGGGGAAAGUAUAACUUCUAAAGCAUUUGUAUUUUCUGCACCUAAUGUACUUAGUCUGCCUAAUACUAUUAAUUCCGAAGUGAAUACAGAAGCGACAGAUACGUCAAUCAUUAAGAAAAAUGUUUUUACUUUCGCUACACCAACGUCGGUGCCGCAGAUGAACUUUCAAGAUGCAUCCAUUCAUCAGACAGGAACUUUUGAAAAACAGUAUAAACCUAAAAUAUCUAGACACUCUUUUAAGCCAGCUGUUAAUGUAUUUGCUCAAGCUCUUAAGGAUACUGCAAUGUUCGAACAGUUAAGGAAGAAUGCUAGAACACAAGCUGUUAAAAGUAAUCCAGAAAAUUCAAUAACAUGUACCAAUGUACCUCACACUUUACUUACAAAAACAACAGCGAAAGAGUAUUUUAUGAUGUUUGGAAACCUUAUAAAGAUAACUAUUCGUCCUAAGAAGCAAAUAAUUAUUGUCACGUAUGCUACCAAGGAAGAAGCAACAGUUGCAUUUAAUGAAAGUGGGGAAUAUUGUGGUAAAAAAUUUAAUGUAGAAUGGACUAAAUUGUGUGUAUUACCAAAAUCACCAACAAAACGAAAAGAUAUGCAGAAGAAUAUUGUUACAAAUUUUUUGAAAUCAUCUGAUGAUGAUAUUAAAUCUGAAUUAGAUGCUAUGAUGAAUCUGGAAUAUAAUAUGCAUGAUCCUUAUGAUGAAACUUCACUUAAGAAGAAGAAAAUACAAAAGUCCAAAGGUACAUCAAAGUCAACAACAAAGGUAGAAAAAACAUCUGCUAAAUCUGAGAAACAUAAAACUGAUAGUCAAAUAUCAGAUCUGUUACCCAAUGCUAGCAUUGAAGAAUUACAACACAUUGUUCGUCAACCAGCAUAUAGUUCAGAAGAUAAGUAUAAAGUGUUAGAAGCAAGAGAUAGACUUAUGAGAAUGAAGCAAAUUAAAUCGCACACAUUAGCAGCUGCUAAAGCAAUGGUUGGAGUAUGUCCUGAUAUGUGUCCUGAAAAAGAACGUCUAAUGCGUGAAUCCAAACGACAGCUAGCAUUAUAUGAACAAGUUGAAAGCAAUGAGUACAAAAUAAAUCACGCGAUAGCAGUGAAACAAUAUUCAAGAUCUUCAGCUGAUCAGGAAGAACCAAUGGCACAUGAUCUAAGACCCGUGAAAUCUUUAAAAAUGACUAUGAGUUACUUACUUCAUGAAAUAGCAUGUCUCUGUGACCAACAAGGCACAAAUUUAGGAGAAUGGUAUCAUUUUUUAUGGGAUAGAACGAGAGGAAUUAGAAAAGAUAUAACACAGCAAGAAUUAUGUUGCAUAGAUAGUGUUGAGUUAGUUGAACAAUGUGCUAGAUUUCAUAUUGUUUGUUCUGAAAGACUUUGUGCAGAAGAACCGUCUGUUUUUGAUAAGAAAAUAAACUCUGAUAAUUUAACAAAAUGUUUACAAACAUUGAAAUAUAUGUAUCACGAUUUAAGGGUUAAAGGAAUAAAUUGCAGAAACGAACCUGAAUUUCGUGCAUAUAUUAUCCUAUUGAAUUUGAACAAUAGCAAUUUCAUGUGGGAUUUACAAAGACUGCCAAAAAGUGUACAAAGAUCAGCAGAAGUUCAAUUUGCACUGGAGGUAUAUUCUGCUUUAGAAUCAAAUAAUUAUUAUAAAUUCUUUAAACUUGUUCAUAAAACUACAUACUUAAAUGCUUGUAUCUUACUUAGGUACUUUAAUCAAGUAAGAUUAAGAGCAUUAUCAGUAAUGGUAAAAGCUUAUUGCAGAACUACAUCAACAGCUUACCCAUUGUAUGAAUUAAUAGAUAUUUUAGGCUUUGAGAAUGAGUGUGAAGCUAUUUACUUCUGUGAACAAGUAGGAUUAAAUGUUUCAAAGGAUGAGUUGCAUGUACUAUUAAACCGACAGAAUUUCUCUAUGCCUGUAUUAAAUAUGAAGCAAAACAGAGCUUGUAAUGUAAUUGAAUCUAAGAGAAUUAUGGAACGAUUAUCUAUUGGAGAAUGUAUAGCAGGAGGAAAAAUGCCAGAAAAAAAUUAUAAAUUUCAUAAACCACACAACAGUUUUGAUUCAAAAGGUUAUUUAAUGCCGAACUCUAUUAAUGCGGAAGAUCAACAUAAAAAUGAUGUUUGUAAUCCAAAUGACCUGUAUGAGUAUCCAGAUGAUGGUAUAGAAUACAGUCACUUUCAUUCAAUUUCUGAACAAAAUCAAAGUAAAAAUGAAACUGUCGACACUACUGAAUGUAAAAAUCUAUUUACUACAACUGCAAGCUUUCAUUAUAAUAUAAGUACCACACCUCAAAAGCCCAGUACAAAUGUAUUUUCGGUCUUUAAACCUCAAACUCAAAUCACUGAAUCUCAAGAAAAUGUAAACUUAGCAUCAACAUUAAAAACAGAGAAACAGAAGAAUGCUAACAUAUUUAACUUUUUACCAAAACAAGAAGGUACUGUGCCAGAAGCAAGUAAAAACAGCGAAGCUUCUACUUUUAGUAGCACAUUGUCUACAUCAACAACUUCAAAAUCUUCUAAUGUAUUUUCAAAAACAUUGGAUCCACCACCGUAUAACAGUGCAGCUGUACCAUUUACAGCAGCUACAAAUAAAAGUAUAUUUUCAGGAGUUACACAAGGAAAUGUAUUCAUGAGAAAUGUUGCUUCUUCUACAAUGUUCCCAAAUACAUAUCCAAGUAUGCAAAUUGCUUCAAAACUAUCAAAUGACUCUGCAGUAACUUCAAGUGACACUAAAUUGAAAGAUGUACAGAGUUUUCUUACUCAUCCAAAUCAAGUAAAUGAAAAAACGAAAGCUAAAGAUAUAAAGAUGAAAGAAGAAAUUUCUGUAAACAAGAUUGAACAAAUUGAAAAAACAGCAACACAAAUUUUAAACGAUAUCGAGGGCGAAGUUGUAGAAACUCAUUGCUCUGAUCUUAUAAAAGAGGAAAUUAAUAGAAUGAAUAUUUAUAAUACAUUGAGUGAAGAUAUCAAAAAUGAAAUGUUAACUGAAGUUACUCAUGAAAUAUGUAAUAGUAUUCUACAAGAAGAAAUUAAUGAUACACAAAAAUUACAUGCAUUGUUAAUAAAAAUGAAAAAUAGAAUAGUUAAAAAAUACUUCAAUGUAUGGAAGUUGAAUGCCUUGAAAAAAAGACAACGAGAAUCACUGGACAGUACACCAGUAUGGUUGCAGAAGUAUUCUAGUGAUCAAUGUGCAAAGUUAUUAUAUUCUGAGAACCAGAAUCUAGUUAUUGAAAAUAUGUGUAAAAGGCAUGAACAUGAACCAAAAAUUACCAAAUCUUACAUUGAUUCUUUAGCUCCAGUUGAAGUUAUAAUCUUUAUGGGUAUUAAAGAAAAUUUGAAAUCUUUGGAAAUAAAUAUGCUUUCCAAUUAUUAUUGGAAAUUAAUUAUUUCUUGGCCAGACUUGCACGAUAAACCAAUUUUAUGGCAUCAUAAAAAAAUAAUGAAUCAAUAUCUUUGUCCUGAAGAUUAUACUAGAAAUCCAAUUAUGAAGACAUAUCAGUCAAAUCCACUUGAAACUUUAUAUACUUGCAUUCGACAUUUUGAAGGCCUGAUUAGUGACUACCAUUUAGUGGGUUCAGAUGGUCUCCUUUUCAUAACAGGUACCUCUGAAGACACAAAUUUUGUUAUAAAACGUUUAACAAAAACUAUAUUAUCAAGAGAUAGGCUUAUGCCCAUACCUCUGGUAUUUAUUGUUUUGGGUGAUGAAAAUUCACACCAUGUACAAGAUGCAGAAGUUGUUUCUACCUUAGAAAAACUAUUAGAUGCUAGAUAUUUAUCAAUAUAUACUAUUAUGCGUGAAAAGGAUUUAAAUGAAGAAACAGUUUUAAAUCUAACACAAAGUGCAUUACUAUGGCUGACCAUAAAUAAGCCACAUCAAAACCCAUUGGAAAUGGAUUACUUGGAAAAUAUUAUUGACAUUUGUUUAACAGAAGAAUUAUGGUUGAGAAUAAUGGAUGGCUCAUCCUAUAAUGAAAAACUAUCAUGUGCACUGAAGGAGCCUAAAUUCAUAAUUGAUUUAUAUAAUGAAGCUGUUACUCAUCUAACGGAUAUAAUAUUGGAUCCAGAAUCUUAUAUGUAUACAAAGUUUGCUCCAGAGUUUAAAAAAUUCGUUAAAAACGAGUACAUGAUGCCAUGCAGCUAUGAACACUUUGACGACACCUGGAAAAAAGAUGAUUAUAAAGCAAGAAUAGAAAAUACGGUGCUUAAUUUUAAAUUACCUCAAUGGAAGUACAGUUGGCCAUUGGAUGAUUACAUCAUGUUUCAUCAAAGUAUAACAAAUUAUUGUAAAGAAGCAUUAUUCAAUGCCGAUAACAACGAAGUAUCCAGCGGUUUAUUAAGCAACUUAUUUUUUACAUCUGACAUUUUGACCAUGUCAAACUUUAUUGAUGUUUUAUUAUAUAUUAUUAAAAGAAAGAUAAAUUUUAUUGAUAAAGAUUUGAAAGUGGUUUACAACAAGAAUCAUAUAAAACACUUUCGAACUUUACCAUGGUGGUUCAAAUCUAAUAUAUUAAACGAAUAUAAGAUUGUAUCAAAAAAAUUUACCAUACAAGAAAAUGAUAAGGAGAAUGAGGAAAUGAAUGAUACAAGUGAACCAAUGACAAAAAAACAAAAAUUAUAUAAAGAUAAAAAAAAUGAUUCCGAACUUGAUCCAUUAACAGAAUUUUGCAAAAAUAGUCAGAACCAAGUAAUGGAGAUACAUUGCAUUUCGAAGAAAGUAGAAGAUUCUUUAAGGAUUCAUCAAGAGGAAAGUCUUCUAUUUGAAGAAAAACUAAAAAAUGCUUUAUUUAGUGAAAUUGAAUUUACUUAACAUGUAAAUACCAUUUUAUUUUCGGUUUUUGAAAUAAUUUCAUUGCUAUAAGGACUACUGUAUUUUACAGUAUUUGGUACAAAGUAAGGUAUACAAUUUAAGUAUUAGAUUGAUGAACAUUGUAAUAUAAAGAGUGUGAGUUAUAAGACUUCUCUGUUUAAGAUGUACAGAAUAGAAUAUUUAUUAUAAUAUCAUGGACGUAUGUAUGAGUUGUUUAAAGUAUAUGAAUGAUACGACAUUUUGUACAUAAAAUUUUCAUUGUAAAUGUUAUUGUUGGAAUAUGC